AUGCAUCUCAAAUCUUAUGUGGCAGCCGCCCUGUAUGGGCUACCUGCCCUGACCAAUGCUGCCCCGUCGCCAGCGCAGUCACAGGCUGCAUCGGUCUCUACUACUGGCUCGCACGGCGAUCACGGCGAUCACUUCAAGAGCUAUACGAUCAAGGCGGAGAAUAUCACUGCCACGCUGAUUCCAUAUGGAGCGCGUCUCACCUCCUUGCUAGUUCCAGAUCGCGACGGCAAAGUCCAAGAUGUGGUUGUUGGCUAUGAUGAGCCCAAGGAAUAUCUGCAUGAUAGUCAGACAAAUCGCACCUUCUUCGGCGCCGUUGUCGGUCGUUAUGCCAACCGUAUCAAGAAUGGUACCUUCUCCAUCGAUGAUAGCGAAUAUCACGUUCCUGAGAAUGAAAACGGCGGCGCCGACACCCUUCACGGUGGCUUCGUGGGAUACGAUAUGCGCAACUGGACAGUCACUUCGCACAGCGAGUCCUCCAUUACCUUCACCUUGCUUGAUCAAAGCUUUGAGAAGUUCCCAGGAGAUGUCAUUACCCAUGCUACUUUCAGCGUCGCUACCGAGAAGACUCAGGCCAACCCUAAGGGACUUCCCCAGUUGACCGCAAAGCUCGUGGCUCUUUCUCUUACAGAGAAGACCCCCAUCAUGCUGUCCAACCACAUCUACUGGAACCUGAACGCCUUCAAAGAACCCAAUGUCCUGAAAGACACCUCCCUGCACCUUCCCCUCUCACAACGGUUCAUUGGUGGAGACAGCAUCCUAAUCCCCAACGGCACCAUCCACGACGUUGAAACCACCUACCAAGGAGCUCUGGACUUCACCAGCCCCAAACUCAUUGGCAAGGACAUCGAGAAGACCACCGACCUCUGCGGUGCUGGCUGCGCCGGCUAUGACACAUGCUUCCUCGUCGAUCGACCCUCAACAUACGCAGCAAACUCCAUGGUCACGGCCCUGAGCGCCUCAUCGAGCACCACUGGUAUCAGCGUCGACGUCGCUACCAACCAAGCCGCGGUGCAGAUCUACACCUGCAGCGGACAGAAUGGCUCCAUCGCCACCAAGAAGUCACAGGCGAAGCGCAACAAGGCUGAUGGUGGUGACGGCGGUGCUACCCACGUCAACAAGUACGGGUGCUUCGUUAUCGAGACCGAGGACUGGAUCGAUGGUAUCAAUAACCCUGAGUGGGGUCGUGUUCCCUACCAGGUCUUUGGUCCUGAUGAUGGUCCAGUCGUUAACUGGGCUACAUACCAGUUUGGUACUAUUUAG